CUCAAUUCAACACUUCCCGUUAAAACUCCAUUUUCUCUCUCCUCUUCCCCUUUUUUCUCUCUCAUAUAUUUUCCCGCUACUUCAUUCUACCCAAAAACUAAACCCUAAUUCCCAAAAAAACAAAAAAAAAAAUCAUUCUUUGUUUUCUCUAAUUUGAUUCUCUAGCUAGCGGUUACGAAUUGUCAGAAUUUUGAGAUGAUUGAGGUGAAGAAUGAGGAUGAUGAGUGGAAUUUAGGGUCUCCUGAUGGUGUUACGAUUGCUUCGAAUUCGUCGAUGUCGUGUUGCAGUUGUGAAAAUGCUACCCCGAGAUCUACACCAUUGCGCGGAAGGACAAGUGGUCCGACAAGACGCUCAUCGAAGGGUGGGUGGACAGAGGAAGAGGACAAUCUUCUCGCAGCUGCUGUAAAGAAACACAAUGCGAAGAAUUGGAAAAAAAUAGCUGAGCAUUUUUCGGGAAGGACGGAUGUGCAAUGCCUACAUCGGUGGCAAAAAGUUCUUAAUCCCGAACUGGUUAAAGGACCCUGGACAAAGGAGGAGGAUGAUUGUAUCAUGGAGAUGGUUCAGAUGCAUGGUUGCAAGAGCUGGUCUGUCAUUGCAAAGAGGUUGCCUGGUCGGAUAGGCAAGCAAUGUCGAGAGAGGUGGCACAACCAUCUUGACCCUGCAAUAAAGAAAGAUGCCUGGACAGAGGAGGAAGAAUCACUUCUUACUUACUAUCACCAGAGAUAUGGCAACAAGUGGGCAGAAAUAGCAAGAUUUCUUCCAGGAAGGACAGACAAUGCCAUAAAAAAUCACUGGAAUAGCUCUUUGAAAAAGAAGUUGGAUGCAAGAUCGUCACAUGGUUCUACCCAGAGCAUAAACAAGACUACAUUCGAAACAAACUGUUAUGAGGGAAAGUUAGACCUCUGCAGAGUCAAAGCAGCAGCAAAUGUUUAUGAAGAUAGCUGCACAGCAUCAAUCUAUGGUACAGAAACUUGCUCUACUGAAUUAGCCCUUGGAAAUACUCCUGGAAAUUCUUACCGUUCAGAAAUUAGACUAGACCGACCAAGCAGGAUGUUGUUUGAUGAAAAAGAUGCUCCUCUUGGUGCAGAUCUUCAGCUAUCUAGUAUAGCUACUGUAGGUUCUCGCUUGAAUUUUCCUUCAACAAACUAUAAGGCUACACCCUUAACUAUGUUAUCACUGGAGUCUCCCAAAAGGCCAAGAAGUGGUAGCAAAACUGUUGAUCAGGUGUUCAGGAGUUUAGACAAGCCUUUCUUGAGUUUAGGAAUGUCUGGUUUCAGUGAGGAUGAUGCUCAGGGCAAGAAGAAAAACAAAGUUAAUGGUAUAUCUACGGAUUCUGAAGAUACAAGUUACGGCAGUCUGUGCUAUGAGCCUCCUGGAGUAAGAAUUUCAGAGACUGGCCAGGUAUAUGGAGUCAAUUAUGUAGAGAACAAUGAUGCUCAAACUAAUAGUCCAUUGUAUUUUUCUACACCACCUAGUCAUGUAUAUACACCUACAAGUAGUGGCAGUCCAGAAUCUAUAUUGAGGAACUCUGCUAUGAGCUUUAGCAUGCCUUCUAUAAUAAGAAAGAAAAGUUCAAGUAAAUUGAGAAAUUCCGUCGAGAAAGGUAUGGGAAUGCAAGAUGUCAGGAAGGCUGAAACUUCAGCAGCUCCUAAGCCUGUUGAGAGAUGCCUUGAACUUUCAUUUGACAUGGAAGCAGAUGUUGGUGGAGUGAAAUGUGGCGCCUCUGUUGCAACUCCAGGUGAUGUUGGCUUGAAGACAAUGUCAAUAUCUUGAUAUUACCCUAUUGACUCUGAAGCUGUUUUUUGUGUGGCUGUUGGGCAGUCUAGCAACUUGGACGAGAAAGGUGAGAGUGAGAUGAGACUCGACCUAAAUAGGUGAAAAGAAAGGCAUGUUUUAAACUUUGGCCUUACAAUAAAUGGAAAUGUAAAUUUUUUAGAACUGGUAGCUCCUUAGAUAACAAAAUUUUGGAAAACAUUCAUAAAAAUUGUACAUAUUAUCUUCUAAUAAAAUUGGUUGUACCGAAGGAAGAAGUUGGGAACCAUGGUAAUAUUCAAGGAUGUAACGAAGCUCUCUGUUGGUGUUCCAUUAGCUUUCUAGAGCAUACUGACCCAAUUUUAAUGUGCUUGGCGGCUUGGCGCCUGUAUCUUGGCAAUAAGGUGUUUUGUAACCUGUUUAGUUCACCAGUGAGACAAUCUUUGAAGAAAUAAAAAAGGAGAUCUCUUACUCAUUGAAUUUAUCUGCUGUUUUAUGGAC